AUGUCCAAGUACGAUAGGAGGCGGGUCAAUGGCCCUCCGAGCUACGUCCCCAUCUCCGAAUCAUCCACCGCCUCCGCCUCGUCCUCAACCGCGGUAGCAACUACAUCGAAACAACGUCCAGACCAACGGUCCUUCUCUCAUUUGAGGCCCAUUUUCCUGCAAACCAAUCUCGUCCCCUCUGCAUCCGGAAGCUCGUACAUCGAGAUCGGAGAUCUCAAGCUUGCAUGCUCGGUCUUUGGACCUCGACAAGUGAAAGGGAGGCAGUACAGCGGCAAAGCAGAGUUGAAUGUUGAGGUCAAGUUCGCUCCCUUCUCUAGCAGGAGGAGGAGGCGUCCCGGAAAGACAACCGAGAGCGCCCAUCUUUCGAGCCUUCUUCACCAAGCACUUCUCCCCUCCCUGCGCCUAGACCUCUUACCAAAAGCAUCGCUCGACAUCCACAUCAUGGUACUUCAAACCGACGGUCUGGAAGAAUCAUGCAUCGCUGCAGCCUGCAUCGCGGCGACUACGGCUCUGGCUUCCGCCGGGAUCGAAAUGUACGGUCUGGUAGUCGGAUGUGUCGCCUUGGUCCCCAGCUCGUCCGAUUCGGCGGACAAAGAAAAGCGGGUGUUGCUCGAUCCAAGUUCCGCCGAUCUGGGGCUGGUGACGGGAAUGAAGACCGCUACGAGGGUACUGCUCUGUGGUAUGCCCGCCUUGGCUUCGGUGACGUGUCUGAAUGUUUCGGCUGGCUCAAGUGCCAAACUGGAGAGCGGUGCGGGCAUCGAGGCGGAUACAUUGGACGAAGCGUUGAACAGCCUCAACGCCAGCUUGGUGGAUAUCCACAAGGUCGUCGCUCAAGCUCUCGCGGAAGACUUCCAACGUCGGACGGCGUUGACCAGUUCAGCAGCACAAAACUAG